AUGACUAAAAUAAAAAAACGUAAAUCAACAACAUCGAUAUCACCAAAUCGUUUAGAAAAAAAAUUGAAAAAAUCUCGUCGUCAACAACAAAUCAAUGAUGAUAAUAAAAAUGAUGAUGAAUCUCUUAAUAUUCAUCGAUUAGGUCCAGAACCAAUAUCAACAU